AUGUUUCGUGACGAAAGCAAAUCAGUAAUCCGAAAGGCGGUUGCGGCUUUGACACAUAAGAACAAACAAGCAGAGCGGUCGCGUCGCACUGCAAUCCCAGAAGGGAACACUCUGCGGUCUAGGCUCAGUUUCCCGGUGGAGCAAGACUUUGAUUUCAACUCUGAUCCACAGCAUGUCUACUUGAUGCGACAGCUCAGAAAUUACCCGUUGGAGGUCCAGCCGUCACAUGAGCUCGAAGCCACCAAGUAUGAAGCAGUCUGUUAUCUCCUGCGAUCCAAUGCCAUCCCCAGCAGUUUCUGGACUACCGACAUAGAGGAGGCGAAAACAAUUCAAACUUUAAGUGCUGUCGCACUGCUUGCCGUAUACGAAAUUAUCACAUCAAGAGCCCCGGAAAAUAUUGACGGUUGGACUAACCAUAUCAAUGGGGCAACAGCCCUGCUCGAUUUACGGGGCACUGAUCAACUUAAGACCAACGCCGGUCUUCACUUUUUUUUGUAUCUUCAGUAUCGGAUUAUCAUCAGUUGCCUACAACGAGACGAACGAGUGCCUGAAUCGCUACUCCACUGCACAGAAAUCGCGAUGUUUCUUGACCCAGCACAAGCUCACGGCAAUCGACUAGUUAUGAUAAUUGGCAAACUAUCGAACCUUCGCGCAGACAUCCGCAUCAAUGAGUAUAAAAAUGAGCGGGAAAUCCUAACAACAGCGUUGGCCAUCGAAGCCAAUUUAAUUGCCUGGCUAGCAGCUCUUCCUCCCGAACUUAUCUACACCACCCAUAUAAGCUCCCCCUUUGACUUUGCCAUCCAAAAGCAAUUCCGAGGUAUAUCGCCCUACGACGAUCACUACCACGUGUACCCCUCCCUCUGGGUUUGCAGUUUGUGGAACCAAUACCGCAGCGCACGAAUCUUGGUCGGCGAAAUCAUACUUACCCAUGUCCGAAAACUAUCCGACAGUUCCUCUUCGGCCUUGCUAUCUGAAGAGUUUCAUGUCCAAUGCAGGACGCUGCGAUUAACGACCCGGCGGUUGGCCGUGGAGAUCUGUCGCAGUGUUCCAUUUCAUUUCAACGUCCACCUGGUAGAUAAGGAGUCUAAUAUCCCGCCACCUGAAAGUUACAUUGGGGGUCUAGUGCUCCUAUGGCAUCUGUUUGUCGCCGGGAUUGUUGAGAGCCCCCAACAUAGGCUGCGCCGCUGGGUGGUCAAGUGUCUGGAAAUGAUUGGAAACUCAAUAGGCAUUGACCUGGCAUUGGCAGUGGCGGAUAUAGUCGCUGCUGAUCCUGGAAUUUUACUUUCUGUCACCGAAGCAGACACUCCUGAAGUGUUCAGUGCGCCUGAUCUGGCGAGAGAAAUGUAG